CAGGCCGGCAGGCCCAGCACGUGGCCCAGGAGGGACCGCGCAGCAGCUGUGAUGGGGCGUCCGUGAGGUCUCGGGCACCUGCCAUGCACCCCGCGGACGACAGCUUCUCGCGCGCGGCCACGCAGACGCUGUCGCGCAGCCACUGCCGCAACAUCAAGCAGAAGAUCUCGCAGUGGGAGGGGCGGGCGCGCGGGGGCGCUGGCGACGGCGGGCAGCAGACCAGGGACUUCGGGGUGAAGUACGACCAGGACAGCGCUGCUCCGGCCAGCGCAAGGUCGCAAGCCCCAGGGAAGGCGCGGCCCGCAGAUGCCAAGAGCCUGGGCCUGGACUUUGGGGAAGGCCCAAGGCCCUGCCAUCAGGGCAAGGGGGGCAGGGGCCCUGCCGAGCUCCCGCAGCCACAGCCGUGCCCCCGCUGCUCCGUGCCCCCGGCCCUGGACAACGGGGACUGGCAGCCGGGCUGCCCUGACCCCGCGCGAGCCUUGCCCCCGGGGAACUUCUACACUUCCCGUGGGCUGUGGCGGAAAAUGGAGCCCCUGCCCCCUGCCCCACCUGCCGUGGCUGCUGCGGACCCAAAGAGGAAGAGGGGGAGCUGCGGCUCCGUCGAGAAGGAGCUGCCGGCCCAGGGGCUGGGGCUACCCGCCGCCCCACGCCCGCCCCCGCCCCGGCUCCCACCACCCAAGCCUCGCAGGACUUUCCGCUACCUGUUGGAGCGGGAUGCAGCUGCCCGCGCCACUGCCAGCACCGACGUCAGUACCAGCCAGGAGCAGCUGCUGGGUGGGCAGCGUGGCAGCGAGGCAGCGCUGCCCCCCGCCGGUGACCCCGAGCAGUGCCCCCCCAGGAGAAUCCGUGGCCGGGCCCAGAGGAAAUCCUUCGAGUUCGAGGACGUCCAGGGCUUCCGGAGUCGGAGGGCGGCCGCCGGCACCCCCAAGCCCCAGGAGACGAACGGCACGGCGGGGUCCAGGCUCUACUACACGCAGUCGGAGGACAACCUGUACGAGGAUGUUGUCUAUGUUGCCAGAGAAAACCCGUACGAAGACAUCAAAGCGCUGCCUCUGCCGCUGUGGAGGGUGCCCUCGGCCUGGAAGCUGUUCCCCCCUCUGGCCACAGACAAGCCACCCAAGCCACCCCCCAAGCCGCCCUUCUUCGGCCGCAAGACCAUGGAGCUGAAGAACCCGCGCGCCUGCAUGCGCGGGAAGCUGGUGAAGGACACGACCCUGCCCGUCACGCUGAGCGAGUGGAAGCUCUUCCGAGCCGGAGAGGCUGCCAGCAGGAGGAGGAAGGACCUUCCCCCGCUUGUGUUAAAGAUACAGGAGAUCUUUGAUUCCAAACGCGGGAAGAAGAGGGUGAAGCUGCAGCCUUGCACAGGGAAAGAAGUGCCUCCGGCCAAAGGUGAAACCAGCGGGAACGAAAGUGACUCGGAGAAUCUGCCAAAAGGUCGGCACAAGCGCCUGCUGCAGGUGCAGGUGGCCUCCAAGAGGAACCCGCACUACCAGACGCUGGAGCGGGACCUGAUUGAGCUCCAGGAGCAGCAGCUGUUCGAGCUCUUUGUGGUGGUGUCGCUGCAGAAGAAAUCGGCCGAGGCGAGCUACACGCCGCAGGUUAUACAGCAGUUCCCCAGCAAGCCUGAACAUCACUUUCGGCAGUCCAAGGACACCGAGGAGCGGCUGAAAGUCAUCCCUGGGUUCUGCUUUCCAGAUCCCAAGGACUGGGUUCCUGCUUCAGAGCUUAAAAGCGAAACCUUCUCCUUCGUGCUGACGGGCGAGGAUGGCAGCCGCUGGUUCGGGUACUGCAAGAAGCUCUUGCCGGAAGGGAAAGGGAAGCGGCUCCCUGAGGUGUACUGCAUGGUGAGCCACCUGGGCUGCUUCAACCUCUUCUCCAAGAUCCUGGAUGAGGUGGAGAAGAGGCGAGAGAUAUCCCCAGCCCUCGUGCACCCGUUCAUGCGUAGCGUCAUGGAGGCGCCUUUCCCUGCUCCCGGACGUACUAUCGCUGUGAAGAGCUUCCUGCCAGGAGCAGGAAACGAGGUUAUUGAACUGUGUCGCCCGCUGGAUUCCCGGCUCGAACAUGUCGACUUUGAGUGCCUGUUCCAGUGCCUCAGCGUUUGUCACCUGAUUCGCGUCUGCGCCUCUCUCCUGCUGGAAAGGAGAGUGAUCUUUGUUGCAGACAGUCUAAGCACUUUGUCUAAAUGCGGCCACGCUGUGGUUGCAAUGCUUUACCCCUUCACCUGGCAGCACACCUACAUCCCUGUCCUCCCAGCUCCCAUGAUUGACAUUGUCUGCUCUCCCACCCCAUUCCUCAUCGGCAUUCUCUCGUGCUCCCUACCACAGCUUCAGGAUCUGCCUGUGGAGGAGGUACUGAUCGUUGACCUUUGUGCUGACAGGUUUCUGCAAGAGGUAUCGGAUGAAGAUGAAAUCUUACCUCCCAAACUCCAGGCUGCACUUACACAGAUUUUGGAGGAGAGAAGUGAAAUUUUAUACCAAGAGCAGAAUGACAUACAAGGUGAUGCAACUCUGGCCUCCCUCGUCUCUGAAGCCUUUGUGUGGUUCUUUGUGGAGAUUGUCGGGCAUUACUCCCUGCACAUGAAUGUCACGGAGAAGGGGGAGCGGGUAUUCCAGCGAGAGCCAUUCCGGAAGUCCCAUACCUCCCGCAACGUGCGCCACUUUCUGGACCUGUUCAUGGAGACACAGAUGUUUGCAGGGUUCAUCCAGGACCGGGAGCUCCGCAAGAGUGGGGUCAAAGGCCUGUUUGAGGUCCGUGCCUUUGAGUAUUUGGAGACAAUUCCAGAGACUGAACGAAGUGGGAUGAACAAAAUUCUCCGCAGUCUGGGAACUAAAAUGAAAUUUCUUCAGAAGAAGUGAGAGCUGAGGCCUGAGCCCUGCUGUGCGGGGCCACGCUUGGACGCUGCAGCCAGGCUGGAUCUUGACCCGGGGCCGCGGUGCAAGGCCAGGGGUGCCCAGGACCGGGCGAACGGGCCGUCGCGCUCCCUGCAACCAAGGGACCUGCAUGAGGCGGACAUGCGGGCAUGGAGUCGCACUGCCUUUCCAGUGGGCUGGGUGCCUGGCCCACGUGCCGGUGCAGAAUGGACACGUGUGUGCACACAUGUAUAUGGAUGUGCGCACGCACACAUGCACACAGUUACGUGCACGCACACGUGCAAGCGCUGUUUGGACUUUCGUUAAAACUAUUUCAACCCGUCUCAUGACUCCGCCCCUCUCUGCACGGCCGGGGGGCGGGGCGCAGGCCGCGGACUGCGCAGGUGCAGCAAGAGAGGCGGAUGGUGGCGCGAGGGAGGGCGGCGCAG